GACCCAGCCUCGGCCUGAUUCCGCGUGGGUCCUUUAAUGGAUGCCAAGCCAGCAAUAAUUCUCAAAGGGAAUCACAGUCGGCCAAUCUUGGAAGGCCCAGAUCCCCAAAUAAGUCGAAAGCCGUCCCUCAUUUUCUUGCGCUGUCUGGUUUUUUCUCUCUCUUCUUCAACUCGUCAGAGCUCUAAAGCUGGAAGCCACAGAGAAAUACUGAUGCUGCUUCUUCAAUAAAUUAUGUUUCAACUAAGAAAGUGAAGAAGCUAAAACGUCAGAUGGGAUCAGCACAUGAAGAAAUUACCAGUCCUCAUCAUCUUGCACCUUUCAUAAGGAGUUCAGGACAACAUCUACCAUUCAACUUUGGAGAAAAAACAAGUAAGAAAUUCCCAAACCAUGAUAAGGUCUCCAAGUCCAAAGUUCAAAUGCAGCAGCUCGAAAUGCAUUCAAAAGAUGCUGGAAAAGAUAAAAUUGAAAAUUCAUCGCAAAUGAAUACAUCAGGAACUCAUCUGCUGCCUUCACAUAGAAGGAAGUUUUCUGAGGCUGAAGAGAUUGUCAAGUACAUGUCAAGUAUCCCUAGCUAUCUUCAGCUUGAGGAGAAGGGGUCGUACAACAUUCAGGAGAAGGUGCUGAAUGUUGGUGUUCUUGAUUGGAGGCGUCUGCAAGAGUGGGCAGAUCAUGAAAAACAGCUUUUUGCAAAUAAACGCAAUGACUCUCCAUCUAUUAGUAAUGUGUCCACAUUUUCCUCAUCUCCAUUUUCUUCAAGAAGCGAUGCCAGUCUUCCUCCUCCUGAAAGGAAGCAAUCUUCUACUUUUAGUAGAAUUUCAAAUUUGGCAAACUCAGAGGAAAAGGAUCAAAGAAAAGUUAGGAGAAAAGAUUCAAGUAAAAAAAUAACCAAGUCCCAAGAGGCAGCAGACAUUAUUGGUAGUAUACCUGCAGACUCAAAAGGUUCUGCGAACUUUGCUUUGUUAUUCGGUAAUGAGAGCACUAAGGUUGCCAGAUUGAAUGAAUUAGAGAAAUUCCAAAUCAGCUUUGAGCAGGAAAGUUGCAGGUCUCAUCUAAACGAGGAUGGAGAUGGACCAAAAAAUAGGAGGAAACAUCUUGAGGAAAUAAUUGCUAGAAGCAUUCUUAGCUUUGAUGCCGCAUUGACUGAUCAAGGGAAUAUGAAAAAUGUGAAAAGCGGCAGAUUGUCCGGAAAAUUUUCUCUUCCUCCACGUUCAUCGGCGCCUUCUUCCGAUACACAUAGAGAAGAAUCUCUUGAAGUUGAUAAAAAAACAUCUUUUGAAAGAGAACUGUCACCCAUUGUUCUUCCUAGAGUUGAUUUGAAAGGGAGAAGUGAAAGUCCUUUGAAAUCCAUUGCAGAUGAUCCCAAUGAGAUUAUUUCGAGAUGUAGCAGUAGAAAUAGGAGAAGCCCAAUGAGGCUGUUUUUCGAUCAACCGCGGAAGUCCACCUCCUCUGUCUGUUCAGUUUCUGAUAUUUCCGAUACGGCUGCUGCUAGAAGCAGCAUCAGAGGCAGGCGUAGCCCAGUGAAGCAGGUGUUAUUAGAUCCUGAUGCUUCUGUUUCGAGAAGUAAUAGCAGAGGAAGGCGUAGUCCUUUGAGGCAGAUGCUCGAGUCUCCACGAAAGUCGUCUUCUACAUCUGUCAAUUCUUCUCAGCGGCUGCCACAAGAAUCAUGCGGUGCCGUUGAUCCAAUCCCUUCAUCUUUGACACGGCAAGCUCUUCUGAAACUCUGUUGGAGGAAUGGGCUCCCUCUUCUCAUGUUCUCAUCUAGUGAUGAUAGUAUUCUUGUGGCCAUGAUGCAUAAACAAGGCAACCCUGACCUGAACAUCUGUGACUGUGUUUAUGAAAUACACACAGCUAUGGCUGUAGAGGUUAAGAAAAAAAACGGCGCCUGGUUAAGCCAAGGAACAAAGAGCAAGAAGCCUGAAUUCAGCUGCAAGUUUGCCGCUGAAUUGAUUAUUUCGAAUUCCGAGAGAGUUAGCUUUGAUCUCAAGCAUCGGUCUUUCAUAAGAGAGCUUGUUCUCUUGGGUGAUGAACUGGUGCCUUCAUCAUCCUCGUCGAAUCAGAAUCACGUUGACGCCACUAAUCCAUCCAGCAGGACUGAGCUUGCUGCCAUAGUAGUUGAAUCUUCACACCAGAAGCUAUGUUCUCCACGCAUUGUUGCUAUUCUUCCCAGUGGCGUCCAUGGCUUCUCCAACACAAGAGAGCCCUCCAAAUUGAUUGAAAAGUGGGAAUCGAGAGGGGCAUGCGACUGUGGAGGUUGGGAUGAAGGUUGUGCGCUGACAAUUUUAACCAACCACUCCCAACAAAUGAACAAUAUUUCCAAAUCAGUCAAUGAAUGUGGAGCUACUGUUGAUCAUGGAACUGGUGGAUUUGAUCUUUUCACUGAAGGCGAUGCAAGAAAGGGAAAGCCAUCUUUCAGCAUGGUUUCUUUUAAAGAUGAUAUGUUCACAGUAGAAUUCAAGGCUUCCAUUCCUCUGCUGCAGGCUUUUGCAAUUUCCAUUGCCAUGCUUCAUGAUCAAAAUCAUUUAAUUUCAGUAGAUAAUUAUGAGGAUAUUAGCUUUGAUAGCUAUCCAGUAAUUUCUCCCUGAACACUUUUUGAUGGUAAAUUCAUCUUCGUCCUCUUGGUUCUGCGUUGAGGCCUACCUCAGCAAUUUCAAUUUAUAUGAUUCACUCCAUUCCUAUAUAUAAAUAAUUAAAU